CUACGUGGCUUAUAAUAAUAAAACGGAUGUUAAAUCAUAUUCUAGCGACAGCCACUGUGUGCCAUUGUGACUGUGUGCAAAUAUCAGCGAUAAAUAUUACCUGUACACCGGUCUAAUAUGUCACCUGUGUACGAAAAAUAUAGGUCACAAUAUUGUUGACAGUUGUGUUGACAGUUAUUGUAACGGGUAGUUUCGUGAAAUUCGUUUUCAUCGAUAAGUCACGCGUGUUAAUACAACUUUUAACAGUUUAGGAUUAUUUGUAAGAACAAGCCAGGUCGAUACCAUGCAAUGCGGGAAAUGAGUGGCAACACAUACAGAGGAAAGAAGCACGAUGUUAGAUCACAUCUCCUAUACUCAGAAAGUGUGCCUAUCUAUCACAGCACGGAAGUACGUUGUUUUCUGUAGAGCUCAUGGGAUAGCUAUGAGGUGUCGAUGCAAAACCCGUAAUACACGGAUAUUCAUUUUCAUAUUUUUUCUGGUUGGAACUUUUCUGAUUUAUAAAAUGCUUUCGCAAUCAGAUAGAAAUAAAGACAAGGUGUAUGUUAGUCGUGCUCUCACCAGGGAUUAUGUCUUGACAGAUAUUUCCGAAAAGAUAGAGUUAAAGGAUAGUAAUGAUCAUACUGAGGUACGACGAAAUAAUGUUAACAUAUUCAAUCAAGGUCGAGAAAGAACAAACUUGGGCUUCCCGUUUUAUAAAGGAUUGCUCAAAACGCCGAAGGGAAAGAAGCCUAUCUUUCUGUAUUCUCCCGACACUGACAGAAUGAUUUCAUCGUACGUAAAAGAUUACCAAACAUGGGAGGAGAGCGAGUUGAACAAAACAGCCCAGCUGAUUUUAAAAGAGAAAAACGCAACUUUUAUAGACCUUGGCUGCAAUGUAGGCGUGUAUAGUUUGUACAUGGCAAGCCUAGGUGUAGAUAUCGUAGCAGUGGAUGCAGUCGUUGAUAAUUUAAGACUCCUGUCAAUGUCUCUAAAAGCAGCAAAGACACAAUCUCGUUCAACUCUCGUACACAACGCAAUAUCGGAUAAGUAUGAAACCGUAAUCAUGAAAAUUCCUGAUGACAACAGAGGAGGGGCACAUGUUGAACGAGUUGUUGACAAAAAUAACGCUAAAGUUGCAACAAAAAAAUCUAAGAAACACAUUACAGUAGAAACUAUUACGCUUGACGAUCUUAUACCUUACGUAGAAAGGACUAAGGUUGUCAUAAAAAUGGAUAUAGAAGGACACGAACUUAAUGCAAUAACAGGUGCUAAGACUUUUUUUCAGACGGUUAACGUUCGGGCUAUACUCAUGGAGUGGACGCAUUAUCGGUCCAAAGAAUCAGGCAAAACACUGGCUGACAUCUUAAUCAAAGAGGGGUUCCUUCCAUACACAUCGGUACCAGCGGAAAAAGUGUUAGAUCCAGAAAAGUUUUAUACAUGGCCUGAAAAUGUAUUUUGGAUAAAACGGUAGCUUGACAGUUCUAAUGCACAAAGGGUGGGAAACAAAUUUAGAUCCGGGACGAACAUAUUGCCUAUAUGGACCAAAUUUUGCCAACGCAUAAUGCAAUAUUAUAACAAUGUUCUUGUUGCUGUUCGUUUAUUUCUAUAUAUUGUGAAACCAUUAUUUUUCAUCAGGUAUUAAUUUUCGUCUAGUGCGUCAAUAGAACGAGUGACGAAUUUAAGACCCUAACGAAUAAUUAUGCCCAAUGUUUAAACAAAAUUAAGACUGAAUUACCGUAGGCGUGAGACUUUAAAUCCAAUGUAAUCUACGUAGUAUUUUGAAAAAAAUGAAGCAGAAAUAAAAGGCGAAACGAUUACAAUUGUGCUAAAUUAUAUUAGGUCAACUUUAUCAUAAAAAAAAAAAUUGUGGUUAAGUAUUAUUGAACGGAAUUAAACACAGCAUACAAUAGGUUAAGUUGAAAUUCUUAGUUUACUUAUGUUUUAAAUGAUGACACACAAUUAAAAUGUGGGAAAUUUGUAAAAAAUAAACAUAAUCUAAAUUGCUUGAAAUAAUUACCGGAUCCUAUAUGACCUCAUGCAGAAUGAAAUAUACUUGACUUGUGAAGAGAAACAUAACAAUACAACUAAUGAAAUAUUUUUUUUUAAUAUAAGUACGAUCAAUAUUUAGUCGUCAUUCUCAAACGUUAUUAGAUAAACAUUAAACAAGAUAGAUACAUAACGCAAGCAAACUUGUAGCGCCCAUAAUCCAACGCUUUGAAUUUUACAAACAAACCAAUGCCGUUUCAUACAUUUCAUUUGCAUGCAUUUCAAUAGUUCAUUACAAUAUAAUAACACCAAUCAGUAUUAGUACACAAGUAUUGUAUUAAUCACGUUUGUAUCGUCAAUGUAAUUAGUGGGAACGUAAACUCCAUGUGUGCAAGAAAAACUCAAGCUGAUCAUUAUGAUACUCUGUUUCCGAAAAUUUAGGCGGUGUCUUUGAAUAAUGAAACGUAUUUUUUUUUAAUUUAUAUUGAUAAUUGAGCUUUAAAACGACGUCAUAAGCAACAUACGUUACUUGCAUUACAAGGCGUAACAUCAGUCGUCAACGAUAGUUCCUUUUAGUGAUUUUUUUUAAUGUUCGUGUUUUUCUUAUUUUAAUAGAUAAAACUAUAGCACAUUACAUAAAUAAAUAUGAACCGAUGUGAUCACCCUGUCUAAAGACACGGCAUAUAUUAAGGAAUUCGGUAAGAAAACCAUUCGAUUGCACAGCAUUAUAUUUUUAUGAUAAAACAGUGCUAUCCAGUUGAUGAAACUGACAACCAAAAUUUAAAGAAGGAUAGUGUUUUAAUAAUUAUAUCAAUGGGGAGAGAAUCAAAAGCUUUUUAAAAGUCUAUCAUCGUCAGUAAUCCAUGUUUAUUAUGUUUCUCAGUAAAGUGCAUAUUAUCAUAAACGAGGCGAAAGUUUUCUCCUAUGAAUCUUCCGUUCACAAACUUUAUAUAUCAGAUUAUCUAAAACAGAAGUUAGUCUUUCAGUAACGUUCCAGAGGCUAGUUUAUAUACACAACUUAACAAGUGAUGGGUCUCCAAUACACAAAUCAUGCUUUGGUCUGUUUUCUUUUGGAAUACACGUAUUAAUUCCUUGUUUUUUGUGUUAUAUUUUUGCAAAUGAAAAGUUCAAUGAUCUGACUACAAAAUCACAUUUUCCCCAGAAUACUUAAAAAGGGAGUAAAUCCAUCUGAGACGGGACUUUGGUAUUUGUUCAUAUUUUUUAAAGUCAUGGCUACCUCUGCAAAUAGUGGAAGACCUUCCAAAGAUGAAGAUUGUUCUGGGCUUAAUUUAUUAGUAUUAGUUUCUUAAAGCUGCCAAUAUCAAGAUCGUUCAUUUCUGUUGACUUUGUUAAUAAAUUCUGUUUGUUUGAAUUUCUCAUUGAUUAUGCAUAACAUUCCUAUCUAAUGUUUCUAAGAAUGAUACAGUUGUGUAAGUGUAGUUGUAUAUUUCAAAAUUACAGAAGAAAUGCGCCAUUUUCUCCAUUUCCUAUCAAUUCAGCUUUUGAACGAAGUAUUUCCUUUAGUUGUUUCGCCUCUUAUAAAUUGUAAAGAGUGAUCAGUAACUCUUCAUGAUCCCAAUUCAAGCUUUUUUUAAGUUCUUUUUUUAAUUUAUUAAUUUUCCUUAUAAUUUGGAAUUUCUUUUUAAGUGAUGAAAGGGAAAUCGUUAAGCCUCAGAUUACGAUUAAUAGUGUGUCUAAGAAAAGCUGAUCGCCAAUUAGAAAUUCUAUACCCGCAUUGCAGACUGAAGACAUGUUUUCGAAUUAAUACACUGAAAGAGAAUUGUUUUAAGUUGCUCAAUUUUUUCAUUAUUAUUUUGGUGGGAGUGUUUGUGUAUAUUUGGUUUUACUGGCAAGUGAAUACAUGCCAUAAAUAAAACGAAUCGUAAAUAAG